CAGUGUUCAAUGUGUGUGUGUAUUAUUCAUGGUACAAAAAAGAUUGCCAGCGAACGCGCACAAAGAGCUCCCUCCGACAGCACUCAGGUCUCUCGCUGAAACAAAAUACCAAAUUAGCCAAAGGGGGGAGCAUCAGAACACCGCCAGAGGCAGUCGAUGUGAUUUCCGCGAUUCAUAGAGGAGGAAGUGUUCAAAAAAAACAUUCUUCACAAGAUUGCGGAGCGCAAUGCGAAGCGAGAGGCGAGGGCUUGGCAGGGAGACGCCGUGAUAACGAGGACCUGCUGUACUGAUACAAUGCUUCAGGACCGUUUGACUCCCCAAGGCUUGCUCUACAGAGACCUGAAGCACUUUGUCAACGAGGAUGGAAACUACCUGUUCUGUCGGUACUGGGAACCCUCAACUCCCCCCAGGGCUCUGGUGAUGAUAGUACAUGGUACAGGAGAGCACAGUGGGUCCUAUGUGAAUGUUGCCACAAUGCUCGUCAACCAAUCCCUCUUUGUGUUUUCACAUGAUCACGUUGGCCACGGGCAGAGUGAAGGUCAGCGCCUGAAUGUGUCUAACUUCAGAAUAUAUGUGCGUGACUGCCUGCAGCACAUCGACAUGAUGAAGUACCGUUACCCAGACCUGAAGAUUUUUCUGCUGGCACAUUCCAUGGGAGGAUUGGUUGCAAUCUAUGCCAUGCAUGACAGACCAGACGACAUCGCUGGGGCGAUUUUUAUUGCACCAUUGGUGGCAUUGAAUCCCGAGUCAGCAAGGCCGUGGAAGGUGAGAAACUUUUAUGAAGACCCUCUCUGCUACCACGGAGCCAUGAAGGUGGGGUUUGCCGCUGUACUGUUAAAUGCACUAACCGGUCUGGAGAACUUACUGCCUUCCAUCACUGCACCAGUGUUGAUUUUACAUGGUGAUGCAGAUAAAAUGUGUGACAUAAAAGGCUCACACAUUAUGUACGAGAUGGUAACCAGCACUGACAAGACAUUGAAGGUCUUUGAGGACUGUCUUCACCAGCUUCACAAGGAGCUUCCAGACGUCGUAAAGGAAGUGUUUUCGUUAAUUCAAACGUGGUUGAAUGACAGGUUGCCUGCGCUGAAUAUAUGAGUCCAAUUUGAAAAUAAGAAUGUUUAUGAAAGAAUCAGUUUAAUUUAUAUUGGGUUUGAGUGUUUGAGGAGGGGGGAGGGGAG